GUGGAAUCUAUAUCGAUGCUAUAUGAGAAAUUAAAGAGCUCCAAUGACAAAAAUGAUCAACCAUAGUAUGCAAGCUGCGGCCUGUGAUAAGGCUUGUGCAAUGAAUAAAGAGGUUUUAUUUUUCUAUUCCAAUUAUGACACAUCAAAUUUGUCACCCUUUUUACCUUAUGGGGCUAAGGGGGUGUUUCAAGCUGCAGCAAUUAUUUAUUUUGCAUACGGAGGAUUUGACAAUAUUGCAACCAUGGCUGAGGAAACCAAGAAGCCAUCAAGGGACAUUCCUAUAGGUUUGGUUGGGUCAAUGUCCAUGAUCACAGUGAUUUAUUGCCUGAUGGCACUCUCGCUGAGUAUGAGCAGAAAUACACAGCAAUAGACACUGGUGCUGCAUUCUCAGUUGCAU